CAACUGUUUGGUUCAUGCUAUUUCUGAAAGCCUCUCUCGAUUUCGUCUCCCAAACAGAUCAUCGACGAAGCAAAACCUCUCUCUCCAAAUCCAUCACCAACCCACGUCGGUUCUUCACAAAUCACCCUUACCCAUCUCUCAAUCUCACCCCAUAUCUCAAUCUUUCUUUCUCAGAUUCACAGGUAAAAACAGGGGAAUGAACGUAAAUUUCACGUGUUGCGGAGUGUUGCUAACAUGCACCAUGUGGGUACGUGUGUAAAGGUUUGGACAAGGGUUGGGAGGUGAGAGAGUGAGUGGGAUGUCGAAUCAGGUGGUGAAUGUGAGGAGAGAGACGAUUGCGGCAUGCAUGACAUGCCCACUCUGCAACAAGCUCCUCAGAGACGCAACGACUAUCUCUGAAUGUCUUCAUACGUUUUGCAGGAAAUGCAUAUAUAAGAAGAUUUCGGAUGAGGAAUUAGAAUGCUGUCCAAUAUGCAAUGUUGAUUUAGGUUCUGUCCCAUUGGAGAAGCUAAGGCCAGACCACAACUUGCAAGAUGUAAGAGCCAAGAUCUUCCCUUUCAAAAGAAGAAACAUGAAGGCACCUGAAGCUGCACCUUCUGUUACAUUACCAGUGAGAAGAAAGGAGAGAUCACUUUCAUCAUUAGUGGUCAGUACUCCGAGAGUAUCAACACAGACUGCUAUGACAGGAAGAAGAUCUAAAGCUGUAUCAAGAAAGGCAUCUGCUUUACGAGGUUCCAGUUUUCCAAUUGAGAAACCUGUUAAGAAAGAGGAAGAUUCCGUGGAAGAUCGCCCAGAAAGCUCUAGCUCACCUGAGACUCUAAACAAAUUUACUCAGAAUAUAAGGCAGAAUUCUUCUAAUGCUGAGACGUCCAGCCGCCCUAAGCCUGAAAAAGAAGCAGAAAAUGGUGCUGAAACAUGGGAAGGGAAAGUUGAUCUCUGGAAACCUUUAAAUUUUUUGGUGGAAGUUGCAAAUAGGAGUAAGUCUUCAAAGUAUACUUCACAAGGGUCUGCUGCUAAAUUGGAGCCUCUACAUGCCCCUGACAGUGAAGGUCACAUUCGCAAAACAAAAGUUAAGGAACAUGGAACCAAACAUAGAGUACAAGACAAAAAGGAUAGCACUGAUCCUGUCCCUCUGGAUUCAGUCAAACCUAAAAAGUUGCGGAGGUUUUGCCCUAAAAAGGCAGCCACUUCUGGGGAAUUAGGUGUUUCACCCCAAGCUGUGCUAGAUGCUCCUAGUGCUAGAAGCGAAAAAAGAAUUGGUCCAAUUUGGUUCUCACUAGUGGCUUCUGAAGAGCAGCCUUCUUCAUUUUGUGAUUUCUAUACUUGGUUCAGGGAAGGCCAUGCACCCCUGCCUCAAAUAUCUGCAAGUUACUUGAGAAUAAAGGAUGGGAAUGUACCUGUUUCUUUUAUCCAAAAGUACCUGAUGAGGAAACUAGAUCUUACAAGCGAAGAUGAGGUUGAGAUCAAAUGUAUGGGUCAAUCAGUACUCCCCACAUUGCAACUGAAUAAUUUGGUCGAUUUGUGGAUACAAACUAAUUCAACAUCACAAAGGGUGCCAGCAUCAAUUGGCUCCUCUGCAAAGGAUUUUGUGAUGGUGUUGGCUUAUGCUCGCAAAGUUCCAGCUUCAUAAAACAUGCUUUCCUCCAUUCUUUUAUGCUUCAAAUUCCUCAAUAACCCAUAUCGUAUGAUCUCAUGAGCAUGCAUUUGCAUUGUGCAACAGUUUCUUACUACUGUUACGAUCACCUACAGUAGGGUACGUUUAUGAACUACCAGUGUACCCUCCUGAUGAAUUGAAAUGACAGCAAGUGUUUUCAAUACCUUAUUGCGAUGUGCUAGGAUUGGCAAUUGAUUGGUUGUUACAAUUAUUGUCGAGAUGUCAAAGCUCUUGUAUCUAUAGAUGUGUUUGGUAGUUCAUCUGUAAGUGAAUUUUGACAAUGUUUCACUUCUUUUUUUUGUCACCUUCAACUUGUAACAAUGUAUUUUUAUUGAAACCAAUAGGAUUUUGUUUC